CUUAAAUUUUAAAGGAAAAAAAAAAAAAAAAAACCCCAAGAUUCUCGGAAUCCCCAAAGCCCCAUUGUUAUUUUCUCUCUCUAAUGGCCUUGACGGCGCGUGCAAUUCACUCCGAGUUGAAGUCUCCAAAACCAGCUGUUUCGAGGAGAGAACCGGCUGGUCCGGUUCAGGUUCAAAUUCCGGUUCAGAAACCCAAGCCGGUUGUGAAUACGGAUGGGGGGAAGAUGAAUAAUAUUGUGUUGCAGCCUCGGCUGUGUACGUUGAGAUCGUAUGGCUCAGAUCGAGGCGGGGUGAUUAAGACUAGAAGGGACGGUGGAGAUGGAACUGAGAGUGGUGCUGACGUGUCGCAGUUCUUUGCGAUUCUUUCGGAGUAUAUAGAGAGCUCGAAGAAGAGCCAGGACUUUGAGAUCAUCUCUGGUCGCCUCGCCAUGAUUGUAUUUGCAGCUACUGUGACAACGGAGAUGGUGACUGGAAACUCGUUAUUCAGAAAAAUGGAUCUUCAAGGCAUUGCUGAAGCAGGUGGGGUAUGUCUUGGAGCCAUUACUUGUGCUGCUAUCUUUGCAUGGUUCUCCAGUGCUAGAAGUAAAGUAGGUCGGAUCUUCACCCUCAGUUGUAACACGUUCAUUGAUUCGGUAAUCGAUCAGAUAGUUGAUGGCUUAUUCUAUGAUGAAAAUGAGCCCAGUGAUUGGUCUGAUGAAAUUUGAGAUAUCAAAGGGUUGAGAUACUAGGCAGGCCAGUUCUGAUUGUGGAAGAAUUAAAGUAUAGAUGUUAAUUUAAGGAUCCGUUUACUAUAGUUUUGGUUUAUGGAAGAAUUAUGUAAAAGAUCCCAGAAAUCACAUAAUUGAAGAGUGUAAUUGGUUAUAUAGCUAGCAUGGAUGUUAUUAUACUGUGAGAUGAGAAGUAAUUAAAUCGACAUCAUAUUUGUUAGAUA